AUGAGUCUCUCCCAGGUGCCUUCUGAGAUUCUUCGGCUCAUUGCCGUCAAUCUUGGACCUGAUGAUUUAUUCCACCUGGCCAUCAGCAGCCCCCAAUUCCAACACAUUCUGUAUGAUGCUGUCAUAUGUCGAAAGGUCCUGGAGGUUCGUUUGUCACCGCAACUUUGCAUCUAUUCGUACUCACCAGGAAAUGCUAACUCGGCACGCUUCUUCCAAAAGAGCAUCAAGUUUUCGUCAGGCUACAUGCAAGAGGCAGAGCGUGAAACCGGCAAAUAUGACAAAGCGCUGAGGAGGCUCAUCAAGCGACGCGAGGCUCUCCAGAUGGCAAGGCCGUUUCAUGUGCUGGAAGUCUCCAGCGAAGCUCUCCAAUUUACCUACACAAACGGCGCCUUGUGUUACACUACGAGGCAACUCUCGCCUGUCUACAAGCACCGUCUGCGAAUCCUGACUCUCGAGGGCCCUUCUGUCGAAGAAGUAAGCAUCGAUAUCCCUAACCUCAUAAAAGACUGUGAUAUUCCCAAUCUUGAAGAAAAUCUACCCUACCAAUUCAGGCCGCUGUAUUAUGCAGAUGGCAUAGUUUCGUGCUUAUACGAGCAGAAAAAACCCCAUACUUCCAUCCGCUGGUUGAUCAUAUACAGCCUUAAACAGGGGGGGAUUCUCAAUGCCCGCUCUCUGCUUUCGACUGCAAAUAUUUUCGUCCGCAACAACGGCCAAUAUCUAUAUUUCGGCACAAAGUCUUAUCCAAGCCAGGGGCGGCGCCGAUGGGUGCUCCAAGGCUUCUCCCUGAUAGACUCAACAUGGUCUAGUCACAGAACCAUUCUCUGGGAUUUGGCUGGUGCCGAAAUGGGGUCGACCAUCUGCUUUGAGAUCUUUGGCAACCAUCUGUACGGCGUUUCUAGCCAAGAGUUGGCCGGAGUCGAAGAGUAUGAGUGGGACUCACCGGGACAUCCGAUAGAUUCCUUCUAUUACGCCUUUCGGCUCCCUCUAUCUGACUCUUCCAAGGUUCAAGUCUUGCCAAGAUCAGCUCUGUGGCGGCGAGGUGCGACAGAUGGACCAAUUGAUGACCGCUGGAACCAUCUCCAACUUGGGCAGGACGAGAAAUCUGGCCGAGUCUCGAUUUUUGAAACCAGAAGAGAGUGGCUCUCUUCGUGGAGUCGACGGACCUGCUACCGAAAGCAGCUAUUUUGGCCUUCUACACCCGAGAGUACAGACCGCCACCCCGAUGAACGUCAUGAAGAUGAAUGCCGCGAAAGUUGGGGCAGCAUGACCCAUGAUGAUUCAACCCCAGAGAACAGUAUCCAUCGUGGGGAUACGGGAUUUUCCUCUUCAACAUUUGACUUCUGCAAUACUCCCGUUCGUUCCUACAAUCCAAGCUGCCAAGCCUUUGUAGACAUCGUGAGCACCACAACAGCAGCCAGUCCGACAGCCAAACGACUCCGGCUGCGGGUCAGGAGACGACCACAGGAGCCGUGCCCAACCUCAGAAUCAGGCCAUAUGCCAUCAUCACCCACCGAGCGUGCGGAUGUUGCCAAUGACUCGGCAGAUCAAUAUGUCAGACUAUGGCCGGCAGACAAUGGAGAGCGAGAGCAAGGGGGUGAACAGCCUAACCAGUCUCUGGAUCACUAUAUCGAUGAGAUCCUCAACCGUCAGGCUCACUUUGACGAAGUCGACUGGGCAAUGGAUGAACGGGUUGUCGUCUUUUCUCCCAAGUCUUUGAAUUGCCUCGACGAGCCACGGUCCAUCAUGCUCAUUUCGUUUGAUCCCGGCCUGAAUUUCCAAAACCUGUGCCGUUGGGUUGGGCGCUCGACACCGCCAGUUUCGACGAGCCACCAGCUGAACAAAGUCGGGAAAGCCCCCCCGUGCGGCUCAAGCACGACGAUGAAUGGGGAAAUGGCGGCUCCUCACUCCUCAAAGAUCCUAGGGCUUGACUUCACUAGGGAACCCCGGCAGACGGCCCGGUCCACCUCGACACCGAAGGCCUCUCUGAAUGGAGUUCCAACCAGCAAGAAGCGACGUCUUGAGGGGGCUUUUAUACCAACGAACACGACCCGUAUCCAUUGUGGAUGA